UACCGAUAAUUAUACAGCCGUAACAUUGCCAUCCUUCUUGUCGAUGUCGUCCAGUUGGCAACGAAAGCAUAUGAUAAUAAUCGAAGAUUUCCCCGUGUAAAUGGUCCAGAUCGUGACAAUUUUAUCAGAAAUGUCGCUUAUAAAACCACACGGUGUAGUAUCAAAAUUACACCGCUACGAACCACGAAAGGCUUGCGGUUUCUUAUUAUUUUUUUCCGUUUCCACUUCCUUCGUCCUUCUUUAAAUUUUUUCGUGCGUUCCGAGGGCAUAAAACGAAAGGAGGGAACGUUGAAAAUUGAAGGAAGAGGAAAACUUUGCGACGGAAGUAAUAGAACAUCGACGUUGUUCCAAUUUCUAAUAGUAGGUUACGUAGAAACUUGCAGAUGGCCGAAUCAACAGAAAAGAAAAAAGUGUGCGUAGUAGGAGCCGGCGCAGCCGGCCUUUGCGCAGCUAGACACUUUGCGGGAACUUUGAAUUUCGAAGUGAAAGUUUACGAGCAGACGAACGAAAUCGGUGGUACGUGGGUUUAUAAAGAAGCAGUCGGAGUCGAUGAUAACGGUUUACCAAUUCACUCGAGCAUGUAUAGGAAUCUAAGAACUAAUUUACCGGCGAAAAUUAUGAAUUUCCCGGACUACCAGAGAUUGAUCGCCGAGGAACCUUGUUGUGUGACGCAUCGGGAAAUUCGAACGUAUUUACAGAAUUACACAGAUCACUUUAAUUUGCUUAAAUAUAUUCAGUUCGGUUCAAGGAUACAAUCUAUUCGAUUAGACGCUUCUUCGAAAGAUGAAGAGAGAUGGAUUGUACGAGUGAAAUCUGUAAAAACCGAAGAAGAGGAAGAAAUUAUUUUUAACGCUGUAAUGAUUUGUAACGGGCAUUUCUUUGAUCCUUACAUACCCACAAUACGUGGAAUCGAGACUUUUCCGGGCGCUAUAAUGCACAGUCAUUCCUACAGAAAACCGGAAGAUUUUUCCGGAAAGAGCGUGUUCAUUUUGGGAGCAAGUUCUUCCGGAAUCGAUAUUGCAUUCGAUUUAGUUGAUCAUGCAACUCGGAUAUAUUUAAGUCACAAUAACGAGAGAUUUAACAACACGUUACCGUCGAACGUAACAGAGGUGAUGGGCGUGGACAGUGUAGAAGGCGAAAAGAUGUUUUUAAAGGAUCAAAGUUCUGUUACGGCGGAUGUAUUUAUGUUUUGCACCGGAUAUCGAUACGGCUUUCCGUUUUUGGAUGAAAAUUGUGGCAUACGAGUGGACAAUAAUUUUAUAACACCUUUGUACAAACAUUUGAUUAACAUCGAUCACCCUACGAUGUGUAUCGUUGGAGUACCCACAGUUGUCAUACCGUUUCCUAUGUUUCACGUACAAAUACAAUAUUUUCUGGCGCUGUUGGAGGGGAGAGCAAGCCUACCAGCGAGAUCGAUCAUGCUCGAGGAUGCCAAGUUGAAAACGUCGAAAAAAAGGCACGCUCACAAACUAAUGGACAAGCAAUGGGCAUACAACGACUCAUUGGCAGACGGAGGUGGUUUCGAUCGGUUACCAAAGUUCUACAAACUCGGUUACAAUGCGUUUGUAGCGGAGAGAAAAGUGAAUCUUUUAAACUACAAGAAGUCCAGAUUUGUGGUAUCCAAAGACGGAGAAACUGUCGAGCUAAUUGCACCUAAGAAAAAUCACACGGUAUGAAAAUAUGAAAUAUAAUAAUGUAGUUUGGUAAGUUUUUUUUACUAAGAUUUGCUUCAAUCGAAAUAAACUUGGUUA